AUGCCAUCCGCCAAAUCCCCGAUUAUCAGCGAUGAUGCCCUCAACAAGCUGUGGAUUGGACUGGUAUCCGUCGAGUUUGCCCUCGUGAUAGGCGUCUUGGUCUUGGCUCUUUGGGCAAGAGUCAGACCACGUCGGCAAGGCUACAGUCCAAUUUGAAGCCAACCACGCAAAUGUGCUUCGCUUCGAUUGGAGCCGCAUGGGCUAAAACCCCUGGCGGCUUACUCUUUCAGGUCCCUUUGACAAGGUCCAAGGAGGCCUAUUCAUUGACCAAGUCCUUUGUUCCAGAACACGGCCCUUUGGAACACCGGAGAGAGGGCGACGGAAGUGGUGAAAUUGGACCAUGAACAAAGACUGCGAACCACGCCGAGAACAAAGCAAUUCUUUGUUCUACGCCGCUGCAUCCUGGGAGAAGCCAGCAGGUGUUGACCGAAUAAAAUGGAGGACGUCAGCUACAAUGCCUUUGGCGCUUGACGCUCCUGAUCUUUG